CUUUCCCUUACCUAGCUGGUUUUUGACAAGACCGAUUCUUUUUUUUUCUGUGUUGAUUGCAGCAAGACCGACAUAAUGAAGCUCAACGUUUCUUAUCCCGCUACGGGAUGCCAAAAGCUGUUCGAAGUUGUCGAUGAGCACAAACUGCGUGUGUUCUACGAGAAGCGUAUGGGCCAAGUUGUGGAAGCCGAUAUUCUGGGUGAUGAAUGGAAGGGCUAUCAGCUGCGCAUCGCUGGUGGUAACGACAAGCAGGGCUUCCCCAUGAAGCAGGGUGUGCUCACUCACGGUCGUGUGCGUCUCCUGUUGAAGAAGGGACACUCCUGCUACCGUCCACGCCGCACUGGUGAGCGCAAGCGCAAGUCUGUGCGUGGCUGCAUUGUUGAUGCCAACAUGUCCGUGCUGGCUUUGGUUGUCAUCAAGAAGGGCGAGCAAGAUAUUGCCGGUCUGACAGACACAACGAUUCCACGUCGUUUGGGCCCCAAGCGUGCCAGCAAGAUCCGUAAGCUGUACAACUUGACCAAGGAGGAUGAUGUCCGUCGCUUCGUUGUGCGCCGCCCAUUGCCCGCCAAGGAGAACAAGAAGGCCACCUCCAAGGCACCCAAAAUUCAGCGUCUCAUCACGCCCGUGGUGCUGCAGCGCAAACACAGACGCAUUGCUCUGAAGAAGAAGCGCCAGCAGGCUUCCAAGGAGGCUGCUGCCGAUUAUGCUAAGCUCCUGGUUCAGCGCAAGAAGGAGUCCAAGGCUAAGCGCGAGGAGGCCAAGCGUCGCCGUUCCGCCUCGAUCCGUGAAUCGAAGAGCUCUGUUUCAAGUGACAAGAAGUAAAUGUGAAAUGGCCGCCAACAACUGCUAAACAUCUACCCAAAUCGUAUAAGAAACAAAUUUGUAGCCAUUUGUUAAUAAAUCGUGAAUGGUCAAAAGAUAUACCUAAGUCAAA